CGGUGAAUCACCCGGUAUAUUGACGUUUCUGACAACCAAAGACCAAACAAAAACAUAACCCAUAACCUUACCUUUUUUAUGCCCUUGUCGUGACAUUGUUACCUAACUUUUAAUUACAAGAUGCAAAAAUAACACAUUUUAAAAUGACCGGUGAAAAAAGCCACCUUCCUCGCAGAGGCAGCCUCCUCGAAGACAAUAUAAAUUACGAGCAAUUCCUCAAAGUGUCAAACUAUGAGGACACCGUCCGCCAGCUGGACAUCUACUAUGGCAUGGUCAAACGCCAACUUUUGCUGUAUCAGAGCCCCAUAACGGGGCUUUUCCCCGUUUUAUCUAGUGAUACUAAAAUCGGGAGCGUUCGCGAGAGUGUUUAUUGCGCGGCCGCCGUAUGGGGGCUGUAUCAAGCCUACCGUCGAAUUGACGAUGACAGGGGCAAAUCGUACGAAUUGGGACAAUCAGCAGUCAAAUGCAUGCGAGGCAUUCUCGAAUGUUGGAUCAAACAAGCCUCCAGAAUCGAAUUAUUCAAGAAAAACCAAUGCAACGUUCAUGCUCUUCAUGUAAAGUUUCACCUAACGACAGGAAACGAAGUCUACACGGACGAGUCGUACAACCACCUUCAAAUUGAUGCCGUUUCCAUUUAUUUGCUGUUUUUAGUGCAAAUGAUUGCCUCAGGCCUCCAGAUUAUUUACACUCAGGAUGAGGUGGCGUUUGUGCAAAACUUGGUCUAUUACGUCGAGAGGGCUUAUCGGACCCCUGAUUACGGCAUGUGGGAACGUGGAAGUAAAUAUAAUGAUGGUACUCCUGAAAUCCACGCUAGUUCAAUUGGUUUGGCCAAAUCGGCCUUGGAGGCUAUCAACGGGUGUAAUUUAUUUGGGGAAAAAGGGGCUUCCUGGAGCGUCGUCUACGUUGAUAUCGAUGCUCACAAUCGUAACCGGAGCAUUUUUGAGACACUACUUCCGCGAGAGUCGAGCUCUAAAGAAGUCGAUUCGGCUCUCUUACCUACAAUCUCAUUUCCGGCUUUUUCAACCCAUGAAGAUUUAUUGUACAACGAGGCAAAAAACAAUAUUGUUAGUCAUUUAAAAGGCAAGUAUGGGUUUAAACGCUUCAUUCGCGACGGUUACAAGACGCAUGUUGAGGACAAAAAACGGCGCUAUUACGAGAAAGGUGAAAUCAAACAUUUCGAAAACAUCGAAUGCGAAUGGCCCCUAUUUUACAUCUUUAUGAUAAUUGAUGGGGUUUUUAAAUCAUUGCCCGACCAAAUUUCCGAAUAUCAAGACUUGCUAAAACAACGAAUUUACCUCGACCAAAACGGCGACCCGGUAAUUCCCCAAUAUUAUUACGUCUCGGCUGAGAAUAUUGGAGCCGAACGCUCCGCCCCCAACGCCAUUCCUCGCACCGCCUCCACCGAGGGCGGUCUUUUCCUCUGGAACCAAUCAAUGUUCAUUUUGGCCCAACUUUUAACCGCUGGACUUCUCCACAUCAAUGAACUUGACCCAAUCAGACGCUACCUCCCUUCGUACAACCGGCCACGUAAAGGGGGCCGCUACUCUGCUUUUCAGGCAAAAUUCUCUGUUGCGAAACCGUCCGUUGGCACUGCAACCGAUUUGGUGGUCCAGAUUGUUUUAAUUGCCGAAUCGAUGCGUCUGCAAGCCAUGAUGGCCACCUACGGUAUCCAGACCCAAACACCACAUGAAGUAGAGCCUGUUCAAAUCUGGUCGUCGACUCAGUUAGUUAAAGUUUACGAAAAUCUCGGUGUCAAUCACAAGUUGAAGUUGCAAGGACGUCCGCUUAGACCUAUCGGGAGUUUGGGCACCAGCAAAGUUUAUCGAGUGUGCGGGGCGACCGUCCUUUGUUACCCUCUCAUAUUUGAAGUGUCGGAUUUUUACUUGUACAGAGAUAUGGAGUUGCUGAUUGACGAUAUUAAGACUGAGUUGCAAUUCGUUGGCAAGUAUUGGCGGUUAUCAGGGCGGCCAACUGUGUGUCUUUUGAUACGUGAGGAACAUAUGCGGGACCCACAAUUCAAGAAAAUGCUCGACUUACUUGCCAUGCUCAAAAAAGGGUAUUGUGAUGGUGUUAAAGUCAGAGUAGGCCGGCUUCAAAAUUUAAUUUCGAGUUCUUGUGUUGAACAUUUGGAUUUUAUGAAUGUUUUGGACCAGCCUGUUGACACAUACGCCCAGUUUAAACAAUUGCAACAUGACUAUAUCGGUUAUCAAAGUUUGACUGAUGUACCACGUGUUCUUAACUACCAUGACGAACUUAAAGAUUUUUUGCAUUUUAAGAAAAAUACAACUCUUGAGAUAGUCGAAACGAUUAAACAGUCGGAAAGUUUGUACGCAAAGUGCCAACUUUUCGGUAUUUUGUUGAAGCGUGAAGGGGGGGAUUUUAAGGUUUUUGAUCAUACUGUGGCCGAACAUUUGCACAGUAUUUAUCAUCAAGCUGGCUGUUUGAGACAUUGGGCUGCCGUGCGCUACACUAGCAGUCUUUUGUCGCACAAUGUCGACUCGAUAAGUCCGUUCAUUACGGCUGUUUUAGUCCACGGAAAACAACUAACUGUGGGCGUGAUCGGUCAGAAAGAAACUGUUUUCGAUAAACCAAUGACGCCAGCCGAAAUACAGCACGUGGUCUAUAACACAAUCCAGCCGUACGAUGUCAUUGGUGCAGUUCUCCAACAAGAAAUCAUUCUUUAUUGUGGGCGUUUGAUCGCAACAAACCCUGAUCUGUUUAAAGGAAUUCUCAAAAUUCGAGUGGGCUGGGUCUUGGAAGCCAUCAAGUGUUAUUUGGAGAUAUUUGGUGAUAAGAAAAAACUUGAAGAUCAUAGUCCUUACGAAGUGCGCCAAUUGUUGUACAAAGUCUUGUCGAUUAAAGAAUGGGGGGCAAAAGAAAAAUUGACUCCGUUUCAAAAACGCCAACUAGAGGGGUGUCUCUGCCGGGUGCCCACUUUUUUCUACCACCAGGUGUGGGACGUGAUGGCCCGGACGCCCCAAGGGAUCAAAGUUUCGGGUACGGUCCUGCCCCAGCAACCCACAAUGUCGAAUUUGGCAAAGUGUGAGUUGACUUUUUCGCUUCUUGUUGAGGAGAUGUUGAAUUGUAUCCACCGGCCGGAAUAUAGACAGUUGGUGGUGGAGUUGUUGAGUAUUGUUUCGACGAUUUUGGGGCGGAAUCCCGAGUUGUUUUUCAGUCAGGCGUUGGAUUUGGAGCAGUUGGUCAAUGAUGCGGCGGAAAUGUAUGUUAAGGAUAUGUUACAGGAUCAUGGCUUGCACAGUGAUGGGGUUAAGAAGUUGAUGGAAGUGCCUUAUAUACAGUCGACGGGGUAUUUGGCGAGGGCUGUGGUCAAUUCGGUGCUGAAACGGGGGCAGCUGAGUGAUCUUGAGAAUGAUUCGGAGACUUGUCUCGUUUCGUAACUGUGUAAUAUUACGUUUGGAAAUAAAGUUUUUAUUCAGCA